GCAAGAAUUGGACUGACAGCCGGCAAUGGAGUCAAAGGCGUUGCUUGCCAAACUGGCAAAUAAGACAGGUGGAUUUAAACACUACAGCAAGAAAAUACUUUGCACAUCCAGAGAAGCAGCUGCAAAGACAACUUGCCGGUAAACUGGUGCGCCCCAACGCAAGUACAAGGACAUGUGAGCUGCACAUUGAAGGACCAACUACUCAGUGGUACAGUCAUUGAGAGGAUGUGGGAGGAAACCGGAGUGCCUGGAGAAAACCCACGCAGGCACGGGGAGAAAAUGCAAACUACACACAGGCGCGUCCGGAAUUGAUCCCGAGACCUCAGAACUGUGAGGCCAAUGCCACCGUGCCGCCCCUCCCUCUACUAAUACAAAUUUAUUAAUCUGCAGUGCUCCCCUCCAUCCCUUGGAGAGCAGGAUGAUGCAGGGACGUAGGAGCUGCGGCAGCUUCCCCGACACGUAGCGUGACGAGCACUCACCAAAAAGGCAAGAGGAAGGAGGAGGAGAAGGAAGGGGAGAAGGAGAGGGCAAGAGGAGGAGAGGAAGAAGGAAGACAAGUCUGUGGGUGGCAGACGGGAGGGAGGAAUGGAGAAGAGAAGAAGAGCAGAGGGUGUUGCGGCCAUGAUGUCGGACACACCGUUGCAGCGGAACGGCACGGCGGCAGUGCGGAUGUCGUGUGAGGAGGCUCAGCUCCACAAAGAGAGGCUGCAGGCCUUGGCGGAAAAGCGAAAACGUCAAACUGAGAUUGAUGACAAGAGGAGUCAACUCGAUGAUUUGGUUUUACAGCUACAACAUCUCAAGUCCAAAGCCACGCGGGAACGAUGGCUCCUCCAGGGAAUGGCACCCGAACAAGAGGAGCCACGGCGGAAACAGCUGGAACUGGACGAGGAACACGGGAAGGUGCUGGAAGACAAGAUACAGAGGCUGGAAUCUGAAAUCAGCGCUCUCGAGAACGAAGAAUCUCAGAUCUCUGCCAAAGAGCAGGUUUUACGGGAACGCCUGAAGGAGACUGAACGCUCUAUAGAAGACCUGCAGAAGAGUCUGAUGGCCCAUGAUGGAGUAGAGGCCACCGGCUGCACGGCCGCUUCUCUCUCGGACGGCGCCGAGCUCAAUCCCGGACCGCUCGCCCUGGCCACGCCGUGCCAGACCUGCCCACCUGCGCCUGGGGAGAAGGCAGCGCCAAGACCCGCAAUGUUUGCCAUGGAGAUCAACGUCGAGCGCGACGCUCAGACCGGCGAACAGCGCAUCCUGUCGGCGAGCCGCGUGAGCCCCACAGAAGCCGGCUCGCGCGGCGUCAAGGUCUACGACGAUGGCAGGAAGGUUGUCUACGAAGUCACGUCCUCUGGGGGUGUGUCCACGACCUCGUUAGAGAACGGGUGGAGCUCCUCGCAAGUUGACCAGCUAAUCCAGAGAGCAGCUAGACCCGGUGGAAGGGGAGAUCACAGGGGUGGCCAUGUGUUGGUUACCCCGGCUGCCCCCCAGGCCUCCUUGUUGCCAGCACCUGCAGAUGAUCUCUCCCCGCCAUCCUGCGCCCCACCAUCCAUCCCAUCAAGCCCGCCUGCUCAAGUCACGCUGCAGAGGGAGACCCGGCUAGGCAUGGUGCCCCCAUCCUCGGGUCCCAUCGUGACGCAGCCCGGCCCUUCCGUUGGCCCCGGACCAGAGAUCGGUUCCGUGCCCCAAAUCGACGCCGAGCACCCAGUCACCAUGGUGUUCCUGGGCUACCAGGACCUGGAAGACACCAGCGAGAGCAGACGGCUGCUGGGCUUUGACGGCGCCGUCAAAGCCGAGGUGGUGCUGAUCGAUGAAGACGACGAGAAGUCCCUGCGGGAGAAGACGGUCACCGACUUGUCUAUCAUCGACGGCACGGCGGCCGACCUCGUGUCGGGCCGACCGGUCACGUCUGAGGCCGUCAGCACCGAACUCUCGUCCGACGGCCGCGAGCCCGACAGCGCCGUCUCGCCCCCGCCAAAUCCCGACGCCAACAAAGCCCCGCCUCCUGGUCUCACCCCUGCCACAGACUACGGGGUUCUCGGGACAACAACUAAUGGACAUCAAGCCGUGAUGCCAGGCAGAAAUCCUCACACUACCAUGAACUCGUGGCAGGCACCCGAGGAUGUCAGUGGCACACUACCCAAGGAGCGAGCCUUGAAGAGUGUCACUUUCCAGGAGUCAGUCAGCAUCAUCACUGACGGGCCGCUAAUCAUGGAGGUGGAGAGCCAGCAGGUCCAGCAUGGCUGCCUCAGCAGAUCUGGCAUGCAAGGCCACAGCGCGCUCGAGCUAAAGGUAGAGACAUCCGACGGCGAAGUAGAGCAGGAGAUCCGCUACCUGGAUCAGGUGCUGGAUGCGGCCUCAGACACGCCCACUAAUGGAAACUCCUCCCCAUCGGCAUACACCAAACCAAUCAGCAUAGAUGGAAAGUAUUCAUCUGUGUGUGUAUCCAAUUCAUCUCCUGAUAAUCACCAACCAAUAAUUGUGGAGGGGCAAAGACAAACCACCUUCGUACAUCAGGAUGAAUCCACUGUAAAAACCAAUGGGCAUAUGCCCAGGGAGGAAUCGAGCCAGAGCAGUGCAAAGUUUGAGCUGAGAGCUUUUCAGGAGGACAGACGGCCGGCAAAACUCUUCACUCCAGGAGAAGAUCGACACGUCAGAGUGACUAUGAAACGAAAUCCAGAAGAGGCCCAGGAGUUGGAACGUGAGCGUCAGGAGCUGAUCCGAGACCAGGCAGUCAAGAAAAACCCUGGCAUUGCUCAACGUUGGUGGAACCCUCCCCAGGAGGUUCCUUUAGAGGAGCAGCUGGACCCUGAACAGCUUGAGUCUCUCCGAAAAUACCAAGAGAGAAAAACGCAGAAGCAGUAUACCUACUCACAGCCCCAAGUUACUGGACCUCCCACCCUGGUCACCUCUGACCCAGAGUUAAUCAGGAAGGAAGACAUUGUGGAAAAAAAGAUUGACUUCUCGUCUGCCAGGAAGCAAUUCCUGCAAGCUGACGUCACAAAAAAUUCCGUAGCUCCUCACAUAUACUCUGCCAGACCCUUUUCCAAGUCUGUGCUCAGGGGGAACCUUGGGAGCAGCAACACUGUACCAGAAACCGGAGAGUGUCAUGUGACCUGGUCUGACGAAGGUGUUGGGGGAGAAUUUACCAGUGUUCGCGCCGUAAUGACAAAUCUGAGUGAUGAUGAGGAAGGGAAGAGCCAGUUCCACCUAGGCUAUCUCCCCGAGGAGUCUGACUCGGGAUUGGAAGAGCUAUCGGUCCGCUCUCAGGAUACAACGGUGUUUAGCUUGGAUAGUGUUUCAGACAGUGGAGCCUCACUUCCCCCGACGCCACUACCACUUACCCCAGUGUCACCAUCUACCCCCCAGCCCACUACGCCAGUUAACGGGCGAACCACUGGCAGUGCAGCAGAAGACGAGCUGGAAUACCAGGCAGAAGUCCUUGUCCAAAAUGUCAUUCAAAAUGCCCUCUCAGCAAACAGAGAUGACUGGCAGUCAUCUCUCCCGAAUUUGGAUUCUUCACAAAUGAGCAGCCCUGUGUCUCCAUCUUCUGCUUCAACAAGUAGCCCAGUGCCAGUAUCUUCCUCCCCUCUGUCUUUUGGAGAAGCUGACCAUCUGCAGUCAGCUGUGUCCUCCAGCAGUGCUAGAUCCAACCCAUCCCCACAGCCAGACCGGCUGCCAGAGGUGCAGGUUGGUUUCGAAGGGAAACCUACAGAAACACAAAAUGAUCUGCAGCAGAAACAGUUAUCCAGCCCAACCCCGCCAUCACAACCGUCUCAAACUCCUCAUGCAAUUUCUCCCCCUCAGAGACCAAAAGAGGGAGGACCAAGGAUCAAAAUCCAGUCUUCUUAUACUCGAGCACUUGCUUCCUCAGCCUCAGUUGCUGCUCCGGCUUCUGGUCCUGUGAGCACAGCAAAUGUACCUAGGCCAUCCACAGUCUGCCGUCCCCCUUCCCCCCCAAGCCCAGAAAAAUCAGAGUUCAGCUACUUCAGUAAGUACUCUGAAGCGGCUGAACUGCGUAGCACAGCAGCUGCAACAAAAGGCCCUGAGGUGGAAGUGACAAGCGGUCCAUUCCGCCUUCGCUCCAAAAAACAGCGUACAUUAUCGAUGAUUGAAGAAGAGAUCCGAGCGGCUCAGCAGAGAGAGGAAGAACUAAAGAAACAGAGAGAGGGACAACCUGCAGUUAUUCCUCGCGUUAGUAGCACUUCCAGCAGCAGUCAAGUUCCUGCACGAACAGGGAUACGUAAAACCACAAUAUCCCCGGCAGACAAAUUGAAGACUAACAGCCUGCCCACCAGACUCACUAUGACAACAAGGACAGCACCAGGAACAAUCGAGAAGGUUCGACCCGCUCCGCCUGUCUCGCCUUCGCCGUCGGAAGGGGCCUUGUCUGACGCCGGCAGUGAGGACUCUGCAGGAUCUCGAGCCAAAAACUUCAUGCAGACGCUCAUGGAAGACUAUGAAACGCACAAAGUGAAGAGGCGGGAGAAAAUGGAGGACAACAGUUAUGCCCGUUUGCUGCUGGCUAAUGAGGUAACCACUGAGGUGUUGGAGGCCACUCGCAUCACCAGGAGGAAAAGUGACAUGGCACUGAAGUGGGAAGCCGGAAUCUAUGCCAAUGAGGAUGGGGAAGAAGAGGAAGAAGAGGAGGAAGAGUGAAAAUAUGAUAGAAAAGAGGACAGGCCGAGGAAACAGUAUUUAUUUUACUAUUAGUGUUCUGAUGAUCACAUGACCCUCUGGUCUGACCAAUGGAGCUCAACAAGGAAGUGUAUCAAUUAGUGACUUUUGAACUUGGAUUCUGCAAGUGUAACAGAAGAGAGGUGACGCUAGUAUGUGACACAAAAAGGAAGGGGACGUAAGAGACAAUUUGCAUUGACGAUGCAAGAUUCAGAGUUGUGGAUGCUAAGUAUUCGUAGGCAGUAACUUGAAUAUAUAUACUGGAGGUUUUAUUUUGAAGGGUCGCCUGAAAGUCACUGAAGGUCUUGCGUGCUUGACAGCCACCAAUCAUCCACUGAAUGAGUCAAAAGUUGAGUCCAGCAUGUCAGUGAGGCUCCACAUAAUUCGGCGUCAAUCAAAAGGCAGCCAUUGAUGUUUUUCCCAAGAUUCCGAGCUUUCUCCAACGCUUCAGGCGUCUAUGUUCCAUUUUGGACGGCACCAGCUUGGGGCCCACUUUUGCUGCAGACUCUCGAAUGCAUGAUGCGUAUGAUAAUUAAAUGCCCUAUCUCGUAUCGCCACACUUUGAUUUGUCGAGAGAACAAGCAGCAACACUAGAUGUAACGGUUUUUAAAUCAUCACUUUGGUGACGUCAUCUUUGUGAAGUUUUACAUAGGAAAGAGGCAAGGCCAUGUUUGUGUAUCACGUGUUUCUGAGCGGGCUGUAUAACAGUAUAAACCGUAUAUAUAUAUAUAUAUAUAUAUAUAUAUAGUCUAAAGUCACUUAUUGUAACAUUGGUUUGUUGACGGUAUAUUUUGUAAGCGGUGGUUGUUGUAUUAUACUGGGAAGUAGGCCUGAUGCACAUGUAUUCCAGUGGACCUACUAUACUUCAUAGCUGACCGUGGUGUGAAGACAUGUUUUGGAAAAAAAAAAAAAACUUUUUAUAAAAGGUUGGAGGAGAGCCAGUUUGCCUAUUUAAGAAAAUUCUAGUCAUCAGUAGCUGCAUUUUUUUUUCUACCUUCCCGACAACAGCUAAUGAAACCUAAUCGACAAUGAUUGGAUGUGGACAUCUGCAAUGAAUGUAAAACCCAGAUUCUUGUUCAAAACAGCAAACAGGAGCACAAGGAAUUUAUCCUAAUUAAGAGUCUUUGUACUUGGAAGCAUGUUUCAAUACCACUUGGACUGAAAAGUAGCAAGAAUAUUCUACUCUUUGGUCUUUUUUCCAGAUUGUAUUUUAUUUUUCUCGGCAUGGGAAUGUCCAAGAGGAUGGUGAGAGUGGGUUUUAAACCAAAGGUCAACAUUUUGAUCUGCCGGAGUGUCUUGUCCAAGUGUCCUUCAGAUAGACACUGACCUGUCUGCCCCUCGACUCGCGCAACUAAAUCCUCAGCGGCAAUGCGAUGCAAACACAACCUGAGGUAAAGUGUGCGUGCUAUGGUAAGAG